AUGCUCCGCUUCUGCCCUCUCGGCCGCCUCGACGCCCUCGCACCGCUGCCUCUGCAGCGCAGGAUGGUGGCGGCGGCCACUUCGACGCUGCAGCUCCAACCGCGUCGCUCCUACGCCACUGGGGCACGCUCCACCGCACAGGAGCAGCGCUACUACACAGAGCCGUUGCGCGCCCCCAAGUAUGGCAUCAGCACCAUCGUGGGCCGUCAGAGGAGCAAGGUCGGGGCGGCGAACGCCGCUACGACGGCGUCUGGAGUGGCCCCGUCGCCCAUGGCGGAGGAGAUCGCCGCUGGUCUUGGCCACAGGAUCGGCGUGGUGCAUCCUAAUACCGUGACACGCUGCCUGGACGUGAACCGGUCACCCAGGGAACAACUCGUAUGCCUUAUCACCUCCCACUGCCGGCCAGUUCGUUACAACGGCGCCGGCGUGCCCGUGGAUGGGUCGCUGCUGCUGUUGCCGUGGCAGGAGCAGCUGCGGCUGUGCACUGCUAUCCUCGCGGCGCUAUACAUCACCAAGACUUUCUUCGACGUGAUGCGCUUCGAGCUGCUUUACUAUGGUGUGUGGAAGGUGUGUUACCGUAACGACGACUCCUUGAUGAAACGUCUGCUCUACUACGGCUCAACGGCUAUGCUUGGGAUUGGGCUGCUCUUCAGCUUCAGUCUGAACUUUUUCCUCUCUGCGUGUUUGGUGGGGCGCCGUGAAAUUGCUGGGCAGAUGGUAUGCAAUGUUUUUGCCUACGUGAUACCACGCCGUACGCUACAGCGGCUGACGAACCGAAGGGGGUGCUGA